AUGACAGCCAGUACUAGUAGAUCCCUCGCCUCGCGGCGGGAGCUCCCGCGGCUGCCCCCCGAGAUUCUCCAGCUUAUCGUGGAGAGCGUCCUGCCACCCAACACCCGCGCCUUGCUCCCGACGUCUCAUAGCGCGGUCAGGACGCUUCUCGCGCUGACAAAAGUCUCGCGCGUCACCUACAGCUUGGCGUCCAAGCUCCUACGCCAGCGAUGCAUGUACAUUGAGACGAGUCGCAGGCUGAGCAAGGUGCUGCUGUGCAUGGACAGGCUCGUGCCUUCGCUGCCGACCCCGUUGCUGUCGCUGCGCAACAUCACAUCACUCUACCUCGCGCCGUUUGAGACGACGCUCGAUGACCAGCCCACGGCCAUCUGGGUUCGGGAAUUAUUCCACGAGGUCUCGCAGACGCUGCGCCGCCUCGUCGUGCAUAUGCCCUUUCGCAGUCUAGACCUGCCGGACGACCACCUCAACGUGCGACCCAUUCUACGCGAAGGAUUCGAGCAGUUGGUCCACCUGGAGGAAUUCGUCUGUCUGGGCGAGUAUCCGGCCUUGAGCACGACCAAGGCCAGUACCGACGUCUGGCGCCUCUGGCCAGAACUCAAGCGACUGGUCCUCUUUGAGGUGCCCGUCGACAACCACUGGUUGUGGUGGAACGUGGCCACACUGUCACGGCUGGAGCACGUUGUUCUGGCCAAGCCCACACAUCUCGCGGGGACCAACAUCAAGGACGAGUACUUUCACAAGCUGCCACGCGACUGCCCAGAGCUGAAGCGGCAGAUUCGCAUCGUGCUGUACGGCGUGGCGUAUGAGAUUCCCACCGAGACGGUGGACACGGCACGGUGGAACGAGAUUGACCCCGAGGAGAGGAUGACGGUGGAGAGGUACGAGGUGCCCAUGCCGUUCUAUGGGGAUGAGACGCCGAAUGAGCUGGUGACCGGCUGGAUCAGGCGUGGGGCAUUGGACGGGACGCUGUGGAAGUCCAAGGGGGAGAGGCUCGGGCCGGCGAAGAGGAAGGGGCAAUUUGCGUAG